AUGGGCCCUUUGUUUGGCCUCUUUUUCGGGGCCCUAAUCGGAUGCGCCUUCUCAGUCCAAGCAAUCGAUAAUUGCCUCAAAAAUCGCUUGGAUUUGAAUGGCAGCCUGGAUUUUGCCGUGAUUCCGAUACAACUACUGGGUGGCCGAAGUUACAAAUGCCAUGCCGCCGGCGAGGAGACGAUGGUAUUUCGGCUCGACGACGAUCAAGAAGCUGUAGAACACGCGCUAGGAAUUCGUGUACUUCUCGAUGAAGCGACUACUAGCCCGGCCCUCCACGUCACGGCAACGAAUGGGCACGAUUUGGAUGCGUUUAGCGUACCCGAAUUGGCCAGCAACGAUCAGCGAGGGGCUACCCGCGUUCUUCUACCAUUUUCCGAAAACCCAGCAAAACCACCGAUCGUCACGGUCACGCCCCUACAAGCCGUCGGCUUCAUCAUCACCUUUUUUCAGGUCCAAAUGGCCCAAUAUCGAUUUUUGCUUUCUGGUUCUGAUUUGUCCAAAACAAUAACACCUUCAAAACUCAAGGAAAGUGGCUAUUUAGAGCAUCAAGUAAUCUCCAAAGUUCCGGGGAAAUUGCUGCGAAUCCGGAUAAAUUCGAGCGACCCGCAAAGCUGCAUGAGGAUUUAUUUUCGGACAGAAACGGAAGCCCUCCGCCAUAAUGCGCUGCUCUCGCCAGAAAACGUGAAUUUCGUCACGAUGACGAGCCGGUUGUACCUAGAUUUGGAGCUAUCGACAGAGCCUCUGCAAAUACGCUACGUAUUAAACGGGAAUGACGAGGAAUGUGGGACCAUUUGGGAAAGCCCUAAACAGCGUGAAAAACAGCUUCAAAUUCACUACGAACUGGUGGAACAUCCUGGAUAUGGGAAGCCGAUUUUAGCCCUGGUUGCGCUGUUUUUUGGCGUAGCCUCGCUGCCAGUGGUUGUGGUAGCUAGCCCGAUCCUGCUUGCCGUCAUCAAAAAAUCGUUAGCAGCCCCGCAAGACGAAGAGAGUUUGGCUGAAGCGCUGCCAGGAUCUGGCGAGGAUACCCGGGAUUCGUUAUUGGUCCCCGGCGGUCCUGUAAUUCCAGCGCUUCGAGGCGGGCCGGAGAAUGAGUUGGACUGGCUUGGAGGAGAUCAGAAUUCCGAACGUUCAGAUGAAGUCAAGAUCAAACCAGGCGAAGAUUACGAAUUGUUCCGAGACAGGGAGAAAUCUGCGUUACCGCUGGCCGCCUGCCAAUUCGCCGUCUUUUUGCUGCCACCAAUUUUGCAGGAGGCCUAUGGAUUUUUCACGGACCCCGCUCCAGGACCCGAGAGCUGCUAUCACAAUUUCGCGUGUGCGAGGCCGCUGGGGAGCAUUGCCUCUUUUAACCAUAUCAUCUCGAAUUUGGGAUACGUAUUUGUCGGUGUUGUGUAUUUAGUAUUCCAAUGGAAAAGAGCUGCCUGGUUUUCGGGGAAUGAAAAAACGGAGCAUCAAUUCGGCGUAUACCGUAGCUCGAGCGUUGAUAUGGCCCUUGGGGUGUCCUUAAUGUGCGAGGCGGUGGCGAGUGCUGUCUACCAUCUUUGCCCAUCCAAGUCAGCUUACAAAUUUGAUACCCCAUUCAUCGUGUCGUUCUGCGUGUUGGCCAUGUUGAGGUUAUACGGUAGUCGACACGGCCCUCCUACCCAUCGACACAUCCAAGCAUUAAUCGCCGGCACACUGGCUGUCGAUUUUUGCAUGCAGAAAUUGGCCGAGCAUCUACCGGGCAGCUGGCCCCUUCAAGCCGUCUUCUUCUUGGCGCUACUUCUCGGCGUUUUGAUCAAGAUUUACUCCGGGAAACACGUCAUGAAAUUCCUCCGCCAACCCCAGUUCCUGCGACGGCUGUGGCUAAAUUACCGUAGCCGUCUGCUGCUCGGCGUGUUGGGGAUCAAUGUGUCGCUGGCUGCUGUCUACUUCUUCGUCCAUCGAUACCUCCAUUCCAACCAACUAAUCGUCUUUUUUGCCGUAACCAAUUUGCUGCUCUAUGUUGGCUAUUACCUCGUCAACAAGGUCCAUAUAAAAGAACGUAUCAGUCGACUCUCCGGUUUUGCCAUGCUAAUUUCGUGCAUUUUAUGGGCGAUGGCUCUCAUUGCUUUUACACGCCAGGAAACCGAUUGGGCGGUAAGCCCAGCUCUCUCUCGGGAUCUAAAUUCGGAAUGCAGCCUCUUCGACUUUUUUGAUCAACACGAUAUUUGGCACGUACUGUCGGCGUUGGCGGCUGGCGGCUCAUUACUCGCCCUGGCUACCGUAGACGACCCAACCGCCACCGUACCUCGCGCCAAUUUGGUCGUAUUU